AUGUCAGCGCGACUAGAAGAGCAUAUGCGAAUCCGAAGGCAGUUCCAAGCCUGCGGGGCAAAGAGGUUAGGGCCUAUACUACCAGAUGAAAUCCUCGACCAGUUUACGGCAGCCGUCACCGCCGACGACCGCGAUGCCGUCCGGGCGCUCCUCGAUACAUACUUUCCGGAUCGGACCCAGCUAAUUCCGGGCCAGUACAAUAUCCACGAGCUGUUCCCAGUCAUCAGCCAGGCGGCCCGAAACGACCAAGCCGACGUCCUGAAAGAACUCUUUGUGCCGUACCCGUUCCCUUACCAGUCAACGGACUUUGUAGCGCGGGAGGCCAUUGAUGCCGGUUCUAAACAUACACUCCUCCUUCUUCUCGAGCACGGGUGGGACAUUAAUCAACGAAUCCACCCCGGCCCUAACGUGUUGGAAUCGCUCCUACACCUCGGCGCUCAAGACCGGGACAUGGUUAUAUGGUUGGUCGCCCACGGCGCAAGCCUUAACGUACGGCCGGAGCAUAAAGACAUGACGGGUAUGUCCCAGGCCGUGGAGCACACCUCGCUCGAAUUAGUGCGGGAGCUGGUGGACGAAUGGGGGGGAGACGUCCACCGGGGACAGCUAUUACACCAUGCCCUUAAGCGACAGUCGCGGACGCAGUCCGGGACACCGGUAUCUAAGCCCGCGGCCGCCAGCGACAUUGUGGAAAUGCUUGGCUUAUUACUAGAACGUGGCGCGCCACUGAACCUGACCUUCUACGCCGACGACGAAGCAUCAUCCCAAAAAUAUCGCAACUCUGACCAUGGCACCCCCUUACACGAGGCGGCAUAUAUGGGCCACGUCGAGGCCGUUCAGUACCUACUGGCGCAGGGUGCUGACACGAGUAUUGUAAGCACCAGGAGCAAGACAACGGCGCUGGCAUGGGCCGAAAAGGCCGGCCACGAGGACGUGGUUGCUAUGUUACGGGAGCCAGACCAGUAUAAGUUGUAA